AUGGAGAAGCUCGCGCAGGCGCUUGGGAUCUCCUACCAGCAGCUCCAGAAGUAUGAGGUGGGGAGCAACCGCGUGAGUUGCGGGCGGCUGUGGAUGAUCGGACAGACUCUCGACCUGCCGAUCGGCUUCUUCUUCGAGGGGCUCGAUGGAGACCGGCAGCCCGAGGGGGGCGAGCCCGAGGCGCUGGUCUCGCGGCGCACGAUCAACGUGGCGCGUCAGCUCGAGGAGAUCGAGGAUCAGGCCCUGCGCGAUCAACUCCUGGCGAUGAUCCGCACCUGCGCCCGCUCGGGCCGGAUGGCGUCCUGA